CGCUCGAUCCUUCAUCCCACAUCCCACAUCCCACAUCCCACAUCCUACAUGAUAAAGAAGGCCGCCUACAUGGUGUAACUCGUAUUAUUCACUGAAUUGAGAAGCAAUCCUUCAGAGUAGGCCUGAGAGCGGCUCCGUCGAACGGCCUAUAAGGUCAUAUUACCAUAAUGUUCCAAUGUCACCACCCUGAGUGCAGCCGCUCUUACAAACGAAGGGAACACCUCUUGCGCCAUCAGAAGGCCCAUACCAACCUGCGAUCGUUUGCUUGUCAAGUUUGCCCUUCCACUUUCAACCGCAGUGACUUGCUCAAUCGCCAUAUCGCCCUGAGCCACAGCAAAUCCCCAGUAAACCUCGAACUAUCGAGCCCGGCAAGCUUUCUCACACCAGAACCCAAGCAAAAUAUCGAAAAUAAUGUACAGACGAAGUCUGACCAUGAGCGCAGAGAAUUGGCUCUUCGGCGGUUAAGUGACAGCAUGAUGAUUAGUCUUGGAGCAGAAUUCGCCCAAGCAUCUAACAGAAAGUUACUUGAGCAGCUUUAUUUUUCCACGUUACAUCUGCAUUGGCCCAUUUUGCAUGAAAGAACCUUUCAGAGCGAGGCUCAACCUGAACAAUUAGUACAGGCUGUCUUAGUUGCAGGUUUGUGGAUGACAGGUACGGCCAAGGCAAGGCAACAAGCAGAAUUCCAUCAUGACAAGAUAGUUGAGAUUCAGUGCGGGAAUUCCUCACUGCUCGAACAACAGAGUGAUAUCUUUAAUGCACCUCGGCCCGAGUUUCUUCCCUUCUUUCAAGCCAUCAUGAUUUCAACAAUCUUAUUGACUCAUAGGGCAGCAAGUGGCAUUCCAUCAAAUGUAAUAGAUAAUAAGCGCCUCUUGCGGCUCACGGUAUACAGCAAACGUCUCUUUCGAUUGUUUAGCCAUGCUGGAGUAUUCGAUCAGCAGAGAAUUAAUGCCGAGAACCCCCUCAACCCGCUCGUGCGAGAACAGUAUCAAAGACUCGCUGUUAUUCUAUUUAAAGCAACGGUUCAUCUUAAUGCCGUCCUCAUUACUCACCUACCAAAGUUCCGUCUCCUUGACUAUUUCGAUCCUGCGAUGCUAAACGUCCGAGUCCCGUCGUCGCAGGAAAUAUGGAAUGCGAGCAGUAAGGAUUAUUCGCAGGACGUCCACGGCCGUGCCUUAAUUGGAAGUUUAUUUAUUGGUGAUACGGACAAUCGUACCUACCAAACGUUAACGUCAAUAUCAGCGUGUGAUUUCUCAGCGGGGAUGAUUCUUGGGUGCUUUAAUAAAAGACAGCCUGACGAACCUCUCCUUGACUUAGUGCGCAGAAUAUCACCAUUUCUGGCUUGGCACUUCAACGUCCAAGAUAACGAGGAGGUAGAAUAGAAUAUGACGACGAAUCAUCUUGAGCUCACGAAAAGAGGGUUGAAUGCACGUGAAUAUAUCUGUAAUAUUCAGGGGUAAGAUGCACGUUCUUGGGGCAGCAAAAAAAGAGGAAAGACCGCUUUGCAUGCGAACUAUAUGCCGGUUUCCUAUGUGCGAAUGGGACUUGAACCACGAUAUGAGAAUAACUUCUACAUACGACAGUCGAAUUUUAUAGGAGCCUCGUCGGUAAACUUAGGCAAUAGAGUUAGUUCUAGGUAGAAUGGCGAUGCAGGAGGUAAAGUGCAAGCAGUGAUGUAAGUUAAAGGACUUGUUCUAUUGUUUAAUAGUUUAUUUCAUACAAC